AUGUCAACGCCACCUUCACUUCCGCCAAAAACACCAGAAUAUGGUACUUCCAAUGCACAGCAGGAUGCUUCACCUCAACCAACUCCUCAACCUAUCGCUAGAAUAGAAGUCUCAGAAGACAUUAGAUCACUACCCACAGAUCAAUUGCUAAGGUUAAUGGAAUCCAUUGACAUUCUCAAGGGGUAUUUGAUACAACUGAGUGAAAAAGAGUUGAAUCAAAGUGCAAGCGAACUAGAUACAAUAAUAGGUGAUAUUGAUCAUUUCAUAAAAUCAUUGUCACAACUACAAACAUCUAAAGAUGCUUUGAACAAGCAACUUUCUGAAUUGCAAAGGCUAGUAGAGGAGUGGGAAAGUAAAGAAGUGGCAAUGUAUGCCUCUUUGAAAAAAUUUGGCCCUGAAAACAUAUACUCGUUGUUAAGUAGCAGUAACACGAUGAGUCUUCAAUUCAAAGUUUCAUCAAGUCUUAUAGAAAUGAACGGAAAUUGUACUACCUAA